GUAUCAUCGGUGAGCUCAGAAACCCACUCCCAUGGCUACCUCUACCCCCCUGUUCACUAUCUCCCCUCUUAUUCACAGGCAAACCUCCUCCUCCUCGAAACUCUUCGUAACAAACCCUAACUAUAAAACUAAAAUCAUCACAAUCCUAUGUUCCUCUUCCUCCUCCUAUCCUCAAUCUACCACCAUUCUUGAAACCCUAGCUCCUCCACCGCUAAUCCUUUCCGUCAACGACACUACUCCUGAGAGAUGGGUACCUCACCGGAAAAGGAAGGUCGUGAUGCGCGUCGGUUACGCCGGCAUCGAUUUCAGAGCUACAAAGAAAGAUCUCGAAAUAGCCAUUUACAAAGCAGGCGGAAUUCAUGAGAGCAACUUCGGGGAUGCACAUAAAAUGGGUUGGGCCACAAGUAGCCUAAUCCAUGAAGAAGUUCAUUCUUUAUCAACCAUCGUAUCCUUAAAAAUGGAAAUACCCGAAAAUGCCUGGAUUGAUGACCCAAAAGGGGUAACACUUGCAGAUAUCGUCAAUACACAUCUUCCAAAAAAUAUUAGAGUUUUCAGCAUUCUACCUUCACAAAAGCGUUUUAAUGUUGAAAAGGAAUGUAACAUGCGGAAAUAUUGUUACCUUCUUCCUUUAGAAGCCAUUGGGAUCACUAGCAACUUCAGCAAAGCUAAAGUUAGACAUCAUUUGUCAGAGUUCAAUAAUAUACUUCGUCUUUUUGAGGGAACACAUCCUUUCCAUAACUAUACCGUCAAACCCAAGCAUAGGAAAAAGCAUCGUGCAAAUAGAAGAGGUAAAUUGUUGAGUGAGUCACCCGAAUCUAUGUUUAAUGGAGAAUCAGAAUCAGGAUAUGGUGAAUUUGAUGGAGAAGAACCUCUUCAGACAGAUGAAACGGUCAUAGAACAUGUUGAUGGAGAACACAUAUCAUCAAGAUAUGCUGAUUCUGAUGAACUGGUUGAAGAAUCUGUUGCAAAUGGGAAUGGUUUAAGUGAUCCACCCGUCUUUGCUAAAUGGCUACAUCGACCUGAUGAGAAAGACCGGGUAUUCGAUUUCCAUUUCAGAAAAAUUUUCCAGUGUGUAUGUGGACAAACGAAACAUUUGUCUGGAGCAAGUUAUGUUACAGUCUACAUUUGUGGGGAGUCGUUCAUGCUGGAUCAAGUCCUCAAAAUGGUCGGAGCAGCUGUGGCAGUGAAGCGAGGAUUACUUCCGAGGGAUGUAAUUUAUCCGCUAUCUUUUUCCAAACUCACGCGUUUUGUCCUACCGACUGCUCCGCCGGAGUUAUUAUUUCUACAGUGGAACCGAUAUGCCUUGGAAAGCCAACCUAACCAUACUACUCGGCCUGAGAUUCUAACCAUGGUUGAAUCUGAAGAUAUAUUAUCUAAUGUCGAAAAUUUCUACAAAUCAAUCAUGUUGCCUCAGUUUUUAGAAUUCUUGGAUCCUUUGAAAUCUCCAUGGAAGGAGUGGGUUGAGGUAUUAGAUGCAAGCACUAGGAUUCCGGAUUCUCAGUUGGAUGAAGUGAGGAAUGCUUGGAUUGAAUGGAAGAAAAAGGAUACAGAUAAGGCUGCAUCAUAUUGAUCUUGCUAAGACAUGUUCAGCUCGAGAAGAAGAUCGUGCCUAAUGAUUCUCAGUGUAGUCGUAGGAUAUCAGUCUUGCCCGAAUGCUAUUGAUGAACAACAGCCCGGUUUUUAGUACGUGGAUAGAACUGGACUGGAUGGAACUCGCGGAGUUAGGCAGGUGGAAACUGGGCAUUGUUAAGAAUGUGGUUCGGAGGAGGAGAAAGUCUCAGGUUCAAGUCUUUGCCGACUUAAUUAAUUAUUUUUUUGUGCUUUAUAUUGUAACUGUAAUUAAUUUUUAUUUAAAUUUAAAUUAAGAUAAUGAUUUUGUGUCGUC